CUGCCAGUGUGCUUUCCCGUCGUGAUGUACGUCCUUCGUGCUCUUCGUGCCAAAUAAUUGCAUAUUUUGCUUCAAAAUUCCUCAUAAUUCGAAGGCAACUCGCAAUUGCCUCCAAGUACUACUUAAAUAAAGUCAGAUUUUCACCAAGCGAAGCGAAUUUGGACAAAAUUUGCAAUUUCAAACUCGUGUUUUCGGCACUUUUUGACACCCGUCAAAACGUCGACGGCGUCUUUGUUGUGGUUGUAGUGUUCACUGCCGUGCGAUAAAGAAAGGUAGGCGACGGACGACGAUCGCAGCAGUCAGUCGGACUCACAGUGUGUGGAUUCUCGGACUUGUAAAAAUUUCUGCUUCAUUCCGUGUUGGUCUGGUGUAGAGACCGCGGGCACAAUUUGGUUCGGUUUUGUGGUGCAACUCUCGAUUCCUUCGGACAAUGAGUGUCGAGGUGGAAGCGACUAAUUCGCAGGAUGACGCCAACAAACAAGUGAACGGUGGAUCGUCGGACCGCCCGAAUGGGGUGAGCAAUGGCCACUCGGAGGGCGGCGUUGGCUCCAGCGAUGAUCACCGCAAGAGCCACAAAAGCUCCAGCAAGGAUAAACACCGGGACAAGGAUCGGGACCGGGACCGCGAGAAGGACAAGAGCCGAUCGGACAAGGAUCGCGACCGGGACAAGGACAAGGAGCGUUCGAAGGACAAGGAUCGGGAUCGCGACAAGCACAAGAGCAGCUCCUCGUCCUCGUCGAAGGACAAAGAUCGCGAUAAGAGCAAGUCCAGCAGCAGUAGCAGCAAGGAUAAGGACCGUGAUCGUCAUAGCAGCUCGCACAAGAGCUCCCGAAGCGAUAAGGAUCGAGAAAAGGACAAGGAACGGUCCAAGGAUAAAGACAAAGAGCGGUCCAAGGACAAGGAUAGAGAACGGGAAAAGGAUAAGGAGAGAUCGAAGGACAAGGAUCGUGAGCGGGACAAGGAUCGCAAGGAUAAAGAAAAAUCCAGCAGCAGUAGUAGCAGCAAAGACAAAGAUCGGGACAAGCAUAAGAGUAGUUCCUCAUCGUCUCGAGACAAGGACAAGGAUCGCGACAAGGAUAAAAGCAAAAGCAGUAGUAGUAGUAGCAGCAAGGACAAAGAAAAGCAUUCCAGCAGUAGUAGCAGUAAGGAUAAGGAUAAAGAUCGCAAAGAUCGGGACCGCAGCGAAAAGCAUUCUUCGUCGAAGGAUAAACCUCGCGAAAAAGUUAAAGAAGAGCCUGCAUUAAAAAUCGAAGAGCCCGAAGAAACCCCGGAGCCGGCUUUCAACGGUACUGUAAGCAACGAAUCAUCUCAAGAUGUGACUGAAAUGAAACAGGAGGAUCCUUUGAGCAUCUCACAAGCCAGUUCCUGCGAUUACUCGAUGUCUCAGUUCCGGACGGAUGAGUCACAGUUCGUAAUCAAAGAGGAAGCACCAGAUCCGGACCAAGAUGAUGAAUCUGAGCAGGCGGAACCGGAGGAACCAGUCCAAGUUGAUGUGAAGCAGGAGCAAGAUUCUGAUGAUGACGUACCUUUGUCCAAGCGCAAGAAAAAAGACGACGACGAAGACUUCAAUGAAGGAAACAAGAAGAAAAAGAUAAAGACCGAGAAAAAGGACAAGAAAGAGAAGAAAAAGAAGAAGCGCGCCUACGAGUCCGAAGCGGAGGAGUUUGACGAAGAAGAAGAUGAGGAUUAUGGGGCAGCCAAGAAGAAGAAACAAGCCAAGAAGGUCAAACAGGAGAUCAAGAAGGAAACCAAGACCAAGGUUAAGAAUCAAGUAAAACAGGAGGUUGUCAGCCCCACCAAAGGUCGCAAAAAGAAACAGGAACCGGAGGAAGAAGUUUGGAAGUGGUGGGAGGAAGAAAAGCGCGAAGACGGAGUCAAAUGGAACACUCUGGAACACAAAGGUCCGGUCUUCGCACCAGCGUAUGACCCGCUGCCGGAAAAAAUCAAAUUUGAGUACGACGGCAAGGUUAUUAAGCUUUCACAGGAUGCAGAGGAGAUUGCCGGCUUCUAUGCCCGUAUGUUGGAGCACGACUACACGUCGAAAGAUGCCUUCAACGAUAACUUUUUCAAAGACUGGCGCAAAUCGAUGACCUCAUCCGAGCGCGACAAGAUCAAGGAUCUCAAAAAGUGCAACUUCCGCUACAUGCACAAACACUUUGCCGAAAUUUCCGAAGCGAAUCGUAACCGCACGAAGGAGCAAAAGCUUGCUCUCAAGGAGGAGAACGAAGCUUUGGUGAAGGAAUACGGCACCUGUAUUAUUGAUGGACACAAGGAGAAAAUUGGAAACUUCCGUAUUGAACCACCGGGUUUGUUCCGUGGUCGCGGAGAACACCCAAAGAUGGGUAUGGUCAAGCGACGCGUUUUACCCGAAGAUGUGAUCAUCAAUUGUGGUAAGGAUAGUACUUGGCCUAAGGCACCGGAUGGGCGCAAAUGGAAGGAAGUACGUCAUGACAAUUCAGUUUCAUGGUUGGCUUCAUGGACCGAGAACGUUCAAGGGCAAGUCAAAUACGUGAUGUUGAAUCCCAGUUCCAAACUGAAGGGCGAAAAGGAUUGGCAAAAAUACGAAACUGCGCGGCGGCUGCUCAAGCACAUCGACAAAAUUCGAAACACAUAUCGCGAUGAGUGGAAGAGCAAAGAGAUGAGAAUACGGCAGCGUGCUGUGGCUUUGUAUUUUAUUGAUAAGCUCGCCCUGAGAGCUGGUAACGAAAAGGACGAAGAUCAGGCCGAUACGGUCGGUUGUUGUUCGCUGCGCGUUGAGCACAUUGAUUUGCACAAGGAACUGAACGGCAAGGAGAAUGUGGUCGUAUUUGACUUCCUCGGUAAGGAUUCAAUUCGGUACUACAACGAGGUUGAGGUUGAGAAACGCGUGUUCAAGAAUCUGGAACUAUUCAAGGAGAACAAGAAACCUGGUGACGAUCUAUUCGAUCGGUUGAACACCUCAGUACUGAACGAACAUCUUCGUGAACUUAUGGAAGGCCUCACCGCCAAAGUGUUCCGUACGUUCAACGCUUCAUUCACGCUGCAAAACCAGCUUGCAGAACUCACUGACCCGGAAAUGACCGUUCCGGAAAAGUUGCUGGCAUAUAAUCGUGCGAAUCGUGCCGUAGCUAUCCUAUGUAACCAUCAACGGGCUGUCCCGAAAACGCACGAGAAGAGCAUGUCCAAUCUAAAGGAGAAAAUCAGACAGAAGCAAGAUGCGGUAGAAACCUGUGAACGUGAAUUGAAGGACCUUAAGAAGAGCAACGUUAGGGACAAGGUUGCCAAGGACAAGAAGCAAAAGCAGUUGGAGCGACUUAAAGAUCAACUGAAGAAACUCGAACUGCAAGAGACUGACAAGGACGAGAACAAAACCAUCGCCCUUGGAACAUCUAAGCUGAACUAUCUCGAUCCCCGUAUUUCCGUUGCAUGGUGCAAAAAGUUUGACGUCCCGAUCGAGAAGAUUUUCAACAAAACGCAACGGGAUAAGUUCCGGUGGGCUAUCGACAUGGCCGAUGAGAACUACGUGUUCUAAGCGCGAUCGGGUCAAAUCCGAUAUCCCCCAACUGUGAGAUAUCAUGUUAUCCGAUGUAGUAGAGUAUCGAAGGAUACUCAAAUCCUAGCAACUGUAAUAUUUAACAUCCAAAAUGUUUCGUUUUUAGAAUCAUAAAAGUUUUAUUUAGAUAA